CAGUGUUGCUUUAACAUCAGUGCAUCAGCAUCAACGUAAAGACUAGGAAGAUCAGAGCUUGUGCUUUUGGUAUGUUUCUUAUGUCUCUUUUUUUUUCCAAACAAAAGCAGAACAUUCUUGUGCUCCUCGGAAAUCUUUUCAUUGUUCUUAUUUCUUUUGAUCCCCUAGUUUAGGAUCAUUAGAUUGUGCAAACUUUUUUUGUUGUUAUAAAGUUAACAUUUCAGCAAAAAAAAAAAAAAUAGUAAAUUAAUCGGUCAUCUAGAGAUAAACAUAACAACAUAUAUAUACAAAUAUCUAAGUUCUCUUGACGAAUGACGAUAAUCGCAGUGACAAGAGCAAGACGUAUCGUCCAAUAGGCACGAACUCCUAAAGUAUAAAACGAAUAGUAUGUGCUGAGUAGAUAAAUAAGUAAAAAUAUUAAUGAAUAAACAAAAAACAAAAACAUUGACUAACCAAACAAAAUCUAGACGUAUUUAGAGUGGAUAUGGAUGUUAUGAAUUAUACUUUUUAACCAAGAAAAAAAUUUAGGUGGCGGCUUAUGAAUGCAUGAACGAAUACAUGAUGUGAUGAGUAAGAAAAAAGAAUAAAAAGUUUCAAGCAAAAUAGGGCUAAAAGGAAUAAAAUUCCCAAACGUAGAUUUCCAUUUCUUAAAGAAUGACUAGAUUUAGUUGACAAAAAAAAUGGAAUGACUAGUUUCCUUUUAUCGAUUACGGUGAAUGACAAGAAUACCACUUUCACUAGCUUGCAGACCAAGUCGAAGGGUAUUUUCGUUAACUAAUAAUAUCUUUACACACCCGACCUCGUUCCCCUAUAAAUACCAAACCAACACAAGUGAAACAACACAAACUACAAAGAGAAACACACAAAAGUGAAGUCAGUCAAAUCCAAUUCAAAACAAUCAACCAUGGUUGCAAGAAGUGAGAAUCUUAAUCGGACGGUGGAAAAUAGAGCGCAGGAUAGCGAGAAACUUGAUCGGACUGUGGAAGGUACGGCAGCGAAUAACGAGAAACUUGAGAGGACGGUGGAAGAUAAGGCGGCAAACUGUCUGAUGCUGUUAUCAAGAAUUGGGGAAAACGGCGGAGGAGGCCGAGAGAGUCGUGUUUACAGAUGCAAAACGUGUAUGAAAGAGUUCUCAUCGUUCCAAUCUUUAGGAGGCCAUCGCGCAAGCCACAAUAAACACGUUAACAACAACAGCAGCGACGAACAGUCGUCACUUUCUUCGGGAUCCAUCGCUAAGAGGAAGACCACGAACACAACAAGGUCGCAUCGUUGUCCGAUAUGUGGCGUGGAGUUUCCGAUGGGACAGGCUCUUGGUGGUCACAUGAGGAAGCAUAGGAACGAGGAAGAGGCUAGCGGCGCGUUGGUUACACGCUCUUUUUUCCCUGAGGCGGCGACUUCGAUGAUUACGACAUUGAAGAAAUCUAGUAGUGGGAAAAGGGUUGAGUGUUUUGACUUGGGGCCAGAUUCUGCGGAGAGUAGCAUCAAUUUGAACUUGGAGUUAGGAAGAAGCAUGUACUGAUUUUCCAUAUUCAUCUGGAUAUACUCUACAAUAGUUUUCCUAUUCCUUAGUUUUAUAGAGUAAGCUAGCAUCUUGAUUUUGCAUAGAGUUGUUGUAGAUGGGCUAUGAUUUUACAUGAAAGCUCGCAUGGUUGAAAUAUGAAUGUUGCAGUAGUUUUGAAACUAGAAUAUAACUAUUGUGACAGGUCUAGUUGUUAUGGUUAACCACAACCG